CACUAUUCCCCUUUCUUUCUCAGCCAGCCCAGAAUCCCUAACCUAUCUUCUUCCUCAUCUUCACUAUUCCCAUUUCUUUCUCAACUCCGGUUCUUUCUCAACCAGCCCAAAAUCCCUAACUUGUCUUCUUCCCCAUCUUCACCAUUACCAUUUCUUUCUCAACCAACCUGAAAAACAACCCAAAAUCCCUACCAUCUUCUUCCCCGUCUUCUUUCUCAACCAACCGAAAAUCCCCUAACGUUUUCCCUGUCUUUUUCAAUUCUUCCCCUAAACCCAAAAUCCCUAAUUUCCUCCCUAAUUUUCCCUAGACACUGCUAUUGGAAAAUCCCCUACCGUUUUCCCCGUCUUCUUUGAUUCUUCCCCUAAACCCAAAAUCACUAACUUUCCCCCUAUUUUUCCCUACACACUGCUAUUAGAAAAUCCCCUAACGUUUUCCCAUCUUCUUCGGUUCUUCCCCUAAACCCAAAAUCCCUAAUUUCCCCCCUAAUUUUCCUUGGACACUGCUAUUGGAAAAUCCCCUAAUGUUUUCCCAUCUUCUUCGGUUCUUCCCUAAACCCAAAAUCCCUAAUUUCCCCCCUAAUUUUUUGGACACUACUGUGAAGAAGAGUGUUAAGCCACCAGACACGAGAGUGAGGAGCUUGAGGAUUUAGAUCUUGUGCAAUUCGGUCUACUUGUUCAAGAUCUAUACAAAGCCACAUUUUCAAAUCCAUGUUCAGAUAAAAUUCUCAGAGCCAACUAAAAAGGGACUCGAUUUUCUGUAGUAUGAAAGGGAUCAGGUUUUCUAUGUUUACCUUGAAGUAGAGAUUUUUCUCUCCUUGAGAAAAAACCAUAUCCUUUUCUACUUUCUCACAAAUGGGGAAAGGGCUGGGUUGAUCCUAAGAUUCGUCGUCAAAGGUUGGAAAUAAUUCAAGCAAGCAGACAACCACGGCACUUACAUAAAAGAAAAUCAAGAAAGUUUAACACAGAUUUGAAAAUUGGUCGUGGUAGCAUAAUGGCAAAAGUCUUGAAAAGAAGUAAAAUAGCAAGAUUGUUUUCUUUCUCUCUCUCUCUCUGUUUUCGUUUUUUAACCAUUUGGUUGGAAUGUAUAUGUGAAGGUAACAGCAUGGUUCUUCUUCCUUCAUAUGGUAAGGGAACAUUGGUUAUGGGGUAGAUGCAAAAUUUUGUUGUGUUUUAAAAUAUUCAUUUCAAUUUCGUCUACUUGAUCAAAGAUAAUGGAAAACUUCCUAUUCUAUUAGAGAACAAUUAGUCUUUUGACUAUUUUUUUUUUAUCUUUUAGUCCUUAAAUUUAUAUUUGUUAUAAAAAUAGUUUUUUUAC